AUGGCGUUCAUUGCCAAGACCUUCUAUGACCUGAAGGCCACAACGUUGGAGGGUGACAUGGUGGACUUCAAUGUGUAUCGUGGUCGGGUGGUGCUGAUAGAGAACGUGGCGUCACUCUGAGGCACCACCGGCCAGGACUUCAACCAGCUCAAGGAGCUCCAAGGAAAGUACCCCCAUCGACUGGUGGUCCUGGCCUUCCCCUGUAACCAGUUUGGGUAUCAGGAAAACUGUAGCAAUGGUGAGAUCCUAAAUUCCCUCCAACAUGUCCGCCCAGGCGGCGGAUUUCAGCCCAACUUCACCAUCUUUGAGAAAUGCGACGUCAAUGGAGAAAAUGCACAUCCUGUCUUUGCUUAUCUCAAAGAAAAACUCCCCUAUCCCAACGAUGACCCAAACUCCCUCAUGCACGACCCAAAAUUUCUGGUUUGGAGUCCUAUCAGCAGGACCGACAUAUCUUGGAACUUUGAGAAAUUCCUCAUAGCACCCGAGGGAGAGCCGUUUAAAAGAUACAGCAGGAAGUUCCCCACUAUUGCCAUUGAGCCUGACAUUCAACGAUUGUUAAAAUUAACCAAAAGUUAAAAAUGCAGACUUUCAACACCACGUUUAAGUCUUAUUUAAUGAAGAUGAUAUUAUGAAACUCAACUGAUAGAUCAUCUGAAGCUUUGUAAGUGCUUAACUGGAGUUGUUAUAGAAUGUUUAUAUAUUUUUAACCCCUCCAAACAUAUAUUAUAAUACUACAAAAUAAUAAAAAAAUUGACAACCCGUUCCUAACGUUGAA